AUGGCGGAUUCCUCUCCUCCUUUACCUUCGCGCACUAUGUCUCCGCCACCGAAGCGACCAACGAUCGAUACGACGCUUGUAGUAUCGUCGCCUAGGCCUUCUCCUCCACAACCGCUGGAUGGUACGAUUAUCGUGGACGAACCGAGCGAACUUGGAGAUGCGGAACUCAAAAAAUCACGUCGUCAGCCAGCCAUCUAUCCAAACACACUCAGAGCUACCCCCAAGCCUUUCAGUCGGAGCGCAGCCAAGCGGGAGAGUGUCAUGGCCCUAGGGAGCAUUGAACAUUUACAGCAUUAUUUCACCAAGACGGGAUUACAAUCCAAACAUCGACCCAUGACGAGGAACAAAGGACUUGUACCUGCUAUAGGCGGCAAACACGUCCGAGCGGCGAGUUCAGUGACUAGUAUUCCGGAAUUACCGCCCUCUCCCAUGGUCCCUAUUUCAUCGACCCGAAUUCCAUUUGUGCAUUUGCCCAAAUCGUACCAUGUUGAUUCUGCUCAACUUAAACCAGGGGUUAUACGUGAUUUAAAGGCGGUUGAACAGGCGUGGAGGAUUACCCCUGAAGUUACCACCCCGGAUGCAUCUCCCUCGCUUGGUCCGACCACCCAGUCCCCCAACCCCAACGCAAGAUUCGACGUCCUUGACACGUUACGCAUUACCACGCAUGCUAUUCGGGCCGUUCGGGACUAUGUCGUUUCGUUACCAGACGACCAUCCGACACACACAGGCAAAGCACUGGGAGUGUACCGGUCACCCGUGUUUUCGGCUCCAGGAACGAAAAAGGACCCGAUGGUGCAGAUGAAUCUUGGCGUGCAAAGUUUAGCUAGUGUCUUGGCCUCAAGUCUGCCUGCUUCUCCUGGACGAGGAGGGCCAGGACCAGGGACGGGGGCGAGAGUGGUCAGUCCCACGCCGAGCAUAGGCAGCGUUCCCGGUUCACCCUCCAAGCCCCGUCCGAGCGUAGGUCCAGGAGCGGGUGUGUCCACUCAGCCGUUUCCUUCUCGUCCCGAAGAUCCUGUCGCACUCGUUCGGCGCGCUGCUCUGGACGUAUUGAUCUCUCUCCGGUCGUUGGAAGAAAAGUCCCGCAUUGUCGAUCCGUCGGUCACACCCGAGCGGCCAUCAUCGUCUAUGCUGAGCGCCCAACCUCACGACCAACACAGCGCCAGCUCACGAUCCAACACCCCGGCGUUCCUAUCCAACUCGGGCGACGAAGCCGACAAAGACUCUGCCACGUCCUUUUCGCAAACCCAAUCGCAGAACCUACCGCGCCUGCGCACACCGACGGGCGCAUCGACCGAGACGGUGCUCGUGCACGGGCGGGGCGCGGUGCAAGUAUGGUCCGAAUCGGACGAAGAGGACUUGUUCGCCGACGAGCCUGAGAAAAAGGAGGUCUGGGACGAACGGCUCGUGCUCGGUGGCGGGUGGCUUUACCGCCCGGACCUCGCCCCCGCCGACGUGCACGACGCCAAGACUGCGGUGGGGCGGUACCUCGACGUGGUUGAUGCGCUCUUGUUCCGUGGUCGUGGGGCCGGGCGGCGAGGGUGGGAUCGCGAGCGGCGCAAGAGUCGCAAGUCCGAGUUGGCGAGUGGCGGGUCGGAUACUCCUUCCUCGAGCUUGGUGAUGAGUGAUUCCGAGGACGAGGUUGCGAGUCGGAGGGUGAGCGAUACGAUGAAGUAUUUGAGCGUCUUGAGCGAGCGGGAAGAGGGGAUUAUUGAAGAGAAUGAAGAGGAAGAGGAAGAAGAAGGGGAUGGAGACGAGGAUGGGUUGCCGGACUGGGCGAGUGUGGAACCGUUUGGCGGAGACUUGAUCGGACGAACAACGUCUCUCCUCCGGUUCCUUCUCCCAACUGAACUUUCGAGCCUCAUCCCCCCUGCGCCGACACGGGAAACCCUGCUCAACGUCCUCUCGGACGGACAUAUGCUAUGCGUGGCGUACAACUCGGGCGUGCGAAAAUCGAAAAAGGCGUGGGGGUUUAUUAAUGCCGAGAGCAUACACGAGACUGCGCUUGCGACGAGUGAAGAGCGGGCUGCUGGGAGCUGGACGUUUAGGCGUAGGGAAAACUUGGGCUUGUGGGCUGCCGCACUCAAACUUCGCUAUGUAAUCGACAUUGUCCCCGUGGAACACUCGACGGCGCCGACUCGGCAUUUCCACCAAGCACCGCAGCAGAGCGAGGCGCAGCAUGGACAGAUACGAUACGCGCCCAACCAGUUUUCGCCGAUUGUGGUUGCAAAGCACGAGGCUGGGUGGGAGGAUAUGCUCGAGAGGGCGAUGUGGGAUCAAAAAGCGGAGCGCGACCAACGGAUUUUUCCAGUGGACUCCGUCUUGGUCUUGGGGGUGUUUCUCUUAUACACACCAGUCACCCUCUUUACUCCUGCUCUUUCCUUUGAGCAUAGAGGACCAACCUUCAAAAUGAACUCGACGACGCUCGGUCAUCAUGCGAGCGCGCAAGAGCUGUACGCCGCUGCCGGCACCGACUUUUCCAAUCUUAGCUGGUUAGAGAGUCAGUGGGCUGCAUGGUACAUGUGGAUUGGGAACCCAAUUAUUGCUACUGGCUUGAUGAGCUUUAUCAUGCACGAGGUUGUAUACUUUGGACGAUGCAUUCCUUGGAUCAUCAUUGAUGCCAUGCCCUACUUUAAUCGAUGGAAACUCCAGCCUGGAAAAGUGCCAUCGGCAAAGGAGCAAUGGGAAUGCACCAAACUCGUGCUCUUUUCCCACUUUACCAUCGAACUCCCCCAAAUCUGGUUCUUCCACCCCUUGGCAGAAGCAUGCGGUAUGCAGACCUGGCAAGUCCCGUUCCCGUCGUGGCAAACCAUUGCCGCCCAAGUCGCAUUCUUCUUCGUCUUUGAAGACGCCUUUCACUACUUCGCCCACCAAGCGCUGCACUAUGGACCCCUGUACAAGCACAUUCACAAGAUCCACCACAAGUACUCGGCUCCCUUUGGUCUUGCUGCUGAAUACGCCCAUCCGGCCGAGGUGUUGAUUCUAGGCACGGGCACGAUCGGCGGACCGUUGUUGUACUGCUGGUUCACCCAAAACUUGCACAUUUUCACCGUGUACAUUUGGGUCACUUUGAGGCUCUUCCAGGCCAUUGAUGCUCAUUCCGGUUAUGAUUUCCCGUGGUCGUUGAACCGUAUCAUCCCGUUCUGGUCUGGUGCGGAUCAUCAUGACUUCCAUCACAUGGCCUUUGUCAACAACUACUCGACCUCGUUCCGCUGGCUCGACUACAUGUUCGGCACCGACGACAAGUACCGAGCGUACAAGGCUCGUCUUGCCUCUGCAAGCGCCAAAGAUCGUGCCGAGCUCGAGAAGAAGCUGUUGGAAGAGACCGAGCAGGAGGGUAUUGUCGCUGCCAACGAGGCCGAAAAGAAGAGUGCAUUUGGGCGAAAGGGCAAGAGGGACUGA